UGGUGGCGUUUCCCCUGUUGGACACGAUAGUUUAAUGCCGGAAUGAUGAGAUUAUCUGUGUAUUUUAAUGCGGCUGUCGAACAAGUACACUGAUGUUCUGGGAAAACGACAUAAGAAAGACAGUUUACCACGUUAUCUUCGGCAUCCUUUAGAUUUACAUAUUCUUGUUGUCAAUGAACUACUAACAUAUGGAGCAAAAGAAUUAAACUGAUCUUAAUACAGAUAUCGUUCAAAAGCGCUGAUGGAUAACAUCUCUCAGUCGCAUUAAUCUUGAAGGAAACUAUGGAGCACUUAGCACCAGCCAGGGAAAAAACGGACCGCCGACACGUGCAACUCCCACCAACAGUUACCUAAAUUGUUUUCACGGAAACAAUAGAGUGAAUAUCAUACUGUAUCACGCUGUACUGGUUUUAACAUUAAGAGCUGAGAGAGCGAACUACAGGAAUACUGAGCAAAAUUUGUCUAAACAUGUCGAAUGAUCCAACCAAUUCUACUGAUGGAAACACUACCACCGUUUUUAUCUACGAACUCGAAGAAGGAAUAUUACAAGCAGUUUUUCUUUUCGUUAUCGUUAUUUCUGGCGUCUUCGGAAAUCUGUAUAUUUGCAGCGUAAUUUACAAAAACAAGAAUUUGAGAAAUCCAACUUUUAUUUUUCUCGUAAAUCUCGCCGUAGCAAACAUUGGAGCGCUCACGCUGUGUAGCCCGUUUGCGCUCAUUAACAGCAUUCAAAGGAGAUUCACAAUGCAACAACACUGGUGCCUCAUCAAUGGAUUUCUGAACAAUUUCUUUUUUUGUAUUUCCAUUUUCACCUUGUCCCUCAUAGCCGGUCAGAAUUAUUUUUCAAUUGUUAAACAACCAUCUUGCGAAUGGCUUCAAAUUACAAAAAAUAGGGCCAAGUUUCAUUUACUUGCUAUGUGGGCUCUUUGUUUCGCAUUUUCUUUUCUUUCGCUGGGCCCUUUUGAAAACUGGAGUUACGUGGUGUUUAAUCCGACAACAGCGCAUUGUGGAAUAGCUUUCCCAAAUUCACUUGCCGACAAAUUGAAGUUGUCAUUACUUGCUCUAGUGGCAUUUAUUGUUCCAAUUUGCGGCAUGUCUUUCGCGUAUUGUCGAAUUUUCUUUAAGGUCAGUUCUCACGAAGGCAAAAUGAACCAGAACGCCGAACGUCAAGGUAACCAGCUGUCGGUGGUUACCAAAAGACUCGCUGUCACAUUAUGCCUGAUGUUCAGCACUUUUCUUAUUUGUUGGUUGCCGUUUUUCAUCCUUAUUGCACUGGCUAUUGUUUCAGAGGAUGUGUCGACCCUUCCUUGGUACCUUGGUCGCAUUGCCUACUGGAGCGGAUACCUAAAUUGCGCCAUGAACCCUUCUCUAUAUUGUUUGCGAUCUUCUGCCUUCAAAGAUGUGAUACGCCGACCUUCGUCAGCAAGUGCUGAAGGUUCAGUCAAACCGUUAGUCAACAGGAGUCAGAGGGCUUUCUCACUACCCGCCAUAUCGUAUAAUAUGAAGCGCCCCAUAUCAAAACGAGUUGGAAGGCAAAGUUAUCCGAACGCCGGUCUGAGCGUAUCGACUCACGAUCUGCCAACAUGCGCCGAGGUGGAUGUGGCUCGCUUGAGAGCUUACUCUUGUUCCAGUUAUGAGAUAAAAUGCAAAGAAAACACACAGAUAAAUCAACAAAGUGUAGAGCUAUAGCGAGACAGAGCAGUCAGUACAGGCAGCAGUGUCAAAUGAGCAAUUUGCGGUGAGUCGUGAUGUGAAUGCGAGAAAGGAGACAUUCGGAAUCUGAGCUCGUCACCAAUCGGCGGACAUAGCCUUUUAACAGCCCAAGGCAAAAAAGGACGUAACCACUUUAAUCUGACUUCCGAUGUAGCAGUAAAGCGUAUCUCAUGACUUUCUCGCGCGAGGCGCUCGAGGAAGGUAUCUAUGUAGGACAAAUUAUUUCAAUUGCAACCAAUAGUCGCGUUUUUCGUGAGACAAAAUUUCGAGAGCGAACCAAGACUGUCUGAUUAUAAAACUGAUGGUAGGAUAAAAUGAAAGGAUUGCUAUUCUACCCUUUCGGGUUCCAUGCACUGCAACUAUCAAAGCAUAAAAUUACGCAACAAAAGUACGAACUUUCGCUUACCCUCGAUUACAAAAUUGUUGACACCUAAAAAGCAUAAUCUACGAUGAAACCCAACGGUUUAAUGGGAAUGUUCGAAUAGUUACAUGAUCAGUGCUGUAAUUUUUCCAUUAUCAAUGGAAAAUAUUUGUCUAUGAUAAUUCUUUUCUUUUAGGAAUGCGUUUACGGCGUCUAUCAUUUACCACGAGCAACUGAUUGUGGUUAUUGUGUAAAUGCGUACCCGUAAAGCCAAUGACUCGUCCUUCAUUGCGAACACUUUUUAGGCGUCGACGUUUUUGCAAUCGAGUGUAUCUGUAAUGUAAGAAAAGAAGACAACAAAUUGACAAUACUAAAAAUUUAUUUCAUGACAGUAAUUUCAGUGUCAAACGUAAGACGUUUUAAGGCUCCCUUAACAAUGAUAAACUUAGCCUAAAUUACUAAUAGAAGUGUUCAUACAGUGAACAACAAAAAGCCAAAUUUAUUGUUAUGUAC